GUCGUCCUGCAUCUGCUCCAUCAACAAUGACAGUCAGGGUUGUAAUGUUGACCGCCCUCGUGGCUGCCGCCCUGGCGAGCCCUAAACCUGACCCAAUCUACAGUCCUCCUUCACAAAACGUUGACGCCUACCCCACUCCAUCCUACAACGCCCCACCUCCCGCCUACGGCCACUCCGCUCCUGCUGAGGGUCCUGCUCAGUACGACUUCACCUAUACCGUGAGGGACGACAACUCCGGCAACGACUUCGGCCAUGAAGAAUCCCGUGACGGCUACAACACCCAGGGCUCCUACUUCGUGCUGCUUCCCGACGGUCGUGUGCAGAGGGUGACUUACCACGUCGACGGUGACUCCGGCUACGUGGCUGAGGUGACCUACGAGGGUGAGGCCCAGUACUCCGACUACCAGCCUGCCCCAGCAUACCGCCCCGCCCUUGCACCAGCCUACACCCCUGCACCAACCUACGACCCUACCCCAUCCUACCAACCUGCCCCAUCCUACCAACCUGCUCCAUCCUACCAACCUGCCCGAGCCUUCCUGCCUUCCCCAGCUUACCAACCUGAACCUACAUACGCGUAAAGAUAACACUGCCAUUAUGAAUGUAUUUAUGAUGUGAGAUUCUUCAGUAAAAGCUUCCAAAAUA